ACGCCGCAUACUUGAUCGUGAAAUGUGACAGGAAUUUAACAUGUCAGAAAUCUGCCUUUUCAUGCAGUGACCCGCACAGGCGCGCUAUGAUGCAUGGACGCGGCGUGUGAAGCUGUGUACACAAAGAUCCGCAGAGGCAAGUCAGUCUUUGGCCAGGUACUACACUCAAGACUGAUCUAUUAAAGGCCUUCAGCGGAUUUGACUCGAAGCCUUACUGUGGGAUUGAUAACUCGCAUAGAAAUUUACAUACUUCAAAUUAGUAAGAUAAAAAGACAAUCUGUCCAUUUAAGAGCGUUCUUCAUCAUUAGUGACGCUUUUGUUAGCAGAGUAAAUUUAAGACUAUAUUGGGAUCCUUUUCCAUUUGUAUCUGGGAGUCGAAUGGCCUCUGUUGUUACAGUAAAGACAGAGAAGCGGCCUGCCCCAGAUUCUGAGGAUGGCGACAUAGUGGCUAUGAAGGCCAGGAAGUUGUUGCCCAGUCUGAAGACCAAGCGUGCCCCUGAGCUGGUGCUGGUGAUUGGCACGGGGGUGAGCUCAGCCGUAGCUCCUCAGGUGCCUGCUUUACGCUCCUGGAAAGGUCUGAUCCAAGCGCUGCUGGAUGCUGCCAAUGACUUUGAUUUGCUUGAGGAGGAAGAGAGCCGCCGCUUCCAGAAAAGUCUGCAGGAAGACAAGAACCUGGUGCAUGUCGCUCAUGACCUCAUCCAGAAACUUUCACCGCGAACGGGAAAUGUGCGCUCCACCUUUUUCAAAGACUGCCUCUACGAGGUGUUUGAUGACCUGGAGUGUAAGAUGGAGAACUCAGGGAAGCAUCUCCUCCGCUCAGUGCUGCAGUUAAUGGAAAGUGGAGCUCUGGUCCUCACCACCAACUUUGACAACCUGCUAGAGAUCUAUGCUGCCCACCAAGGGACCAAGCUGGAGUCUCUGGAUCUCACAGAUGAGAAGAAGGUUCUAGAGUGGGCUCAGGAGAAGAGAAGGCUAAGUGUACUUCAUAUACAUGGUGUUUACACCAACCCCAGUGGUAUCGUACUGCAUCCUGCCGGUUACCAGAACGUUUUGAGGAACACAGAUGUCAUGAGAGAGAUCCAGAAACUCUAUGAAACCAAGUCGUUCGUGUUUCUGGGUUGUGGGAGGACGGUGGACGACACCACUUUCCAGGCGCUGUUUCUUGAGGCGGUCAAACACAAGUCCGACCUUGAACAUUUCAUGCUGGUGCGGCGAGAGGAUGUGGGCGAGUUUAAAAAGCUUCGUGAUAACAUGCUGGAUAAGGGCAUUAAGGUAAUCUCUUAUGGCAACGAAUACGCUGACCUGCCGGAGUACUUUGAGCGGCUGGCCAAUGAGAUUUGCAACCGGGACACGGAUCGGGACAUGGUGACCAAUGGCUGGGAUGAUUCAGGGAGGAGAGAGGAUGUUGAGGAUAGUACUAGAGUGGAAGAUUUAGGAACUGUAGAAACAGGCCCAGCCAGAGCAAAACUCAAAGAAUACCCUCUCACCAGCUUUGGACGACAGAUGGCUGUCAUCGGCCUCUUUACCUGAAGGAUGAAGGAGCGGAUGAGAGCGUUGACAUGCCCGGUGAAGGAUUCAGAGACACCGGCCACCUGAAAACACCACAACAGGAUCCCCCUGACUGAAGAUGGCGAAGAAGACCAGCAUCUUUGCCAAACACGAAAAAACUGGAGGAGCUGUCCAAUAAAAUGGAAGAGAAUUGUAAUGCCAUUUCUGAGGUUAAGGAAGAGAUGAAAGCUCACAAGCAGAAGGAGGCUAUAUUGGAGCUGGAAUUUUCUGAUCUUAAAAAAGAAAAUAAAGACUUGAGGUCAAGGGUAGGAGAAUUGGAUCGCUACAAAAGGCGUUGGAAUUUACGCAUCAAAGGCUCGUCAGAGAAACAGAACGAGAACACCCGACAGGAAGUGAUAACCCUUCUGGCCAAGAUUGCUCCUGGUGUGCCCUGGGAAAUGGAAGAGGCGGUUGAUUCGGUUCAUCGUAUUGGUAGAAGAGAAGGGAAUCGUACGCGCCAGAUCAUCAUACAGUUUUCAAAGCGAAUCUACAGAGAUCAAAUAUGGACAUUGUCAAAGGGAUCAACCGUGUGCAAGGAGGCAGGCAUUCAUUUCGCUGAGGACUUAAAUAAAGAAGACCGAGAGGCUAGGGGAGUACUUUGGCCACGCAUUAAACAAGCGCGUGCUGAAGGGAAAGUGGCAUACUUUCGUGGUCCCUUCGCUUUCAUUGAAGGGAAGCAAAUUUUUUCCUGAUGAUGAAGUCUUGGAAAAUGGGAAAUGUGCAGUUUUUUCAGAGGCUUUUUUGUAAGUGUUGCACUUUAUUUGACUAAUUUCAUUGUCGAUAGCUUAUUGACAUUCUUGAUUCGUAACGUUACACUGUGAGUUCCAGUGGGCGUAUGUUUGUGUUGAAAUCUCGUUUAUCUUUUUGUUCGUUAAAUGCAAGGGGACUUAAGGACAAUGUAAAACGCAAAGGUAUAUUUUUAUUUUGCAAAGGGCAAAAGUCACAUUUUGUUUUUCUACAAGAGACUCACUCUACUGAAGAAGAUGCUGCUUUUUGGAAGAUGCAGUGGGGAGAGACAAUUUUAUUUAGUCAUGGCUCCAAUCGAUCAGCAGGUGUCGCCAUUUGUCUUAACAAUUGCCCUGGGAGGAUUGUGACUUUUCAGUCUGAUGCUCACGGUCACUGGCUUGCUGCUGUGGUUAAUAGUGAAGAUACUUUUCUUAUUUUAGUUAAUGUUUAUGGUUAUAAUAAUACUGGGCAAAAUAAGAGUUUAUUUUCUAAGAUUACAGAUGUUGUCACACAGCUUAAAUUAAAAUUUCAAACAAAUUUUGUACUAAUUGGAGGUGAUUUUAAUCUAGCACCAGAUGAAUGGCUGGACAGAUCUCCUUCUAGUUAUACAAGUCACCAUUUUAAUAACAUUAUUCAGGAGUUUUGCCAGUAAAAUUUCCUUAUUGACAUCUGGAGGUUGAAGCAUUUGAAGGAUUCUCAGUUUUCCUGGGUCAAACCAAAUGGAUCCUCAAAGUCACGGAUUGAUUUUUGGCUUAUUACUGAGGAACAUUCUGAGUUUGUCACUAACGUUUCCAUUUCUGCCGCACCAUUGACAGAUCAUUGCCUCAUUUCAUUGAUUUUGUCACCAACAACAAAACAUACCUUUAGAAAAGACUACUGGAAGUUUAAUGCGGAACUUUUAAAGGAUAAAGAUUAUUGUAGUCAAAUAAGAAAUUUGAUUAUUGAGAUUCAAGAUGACCUCACUUUAACUUCUAAUGGAAAUAAAUGGGAGUAUUUUAAGUUCAAAACAAGGGAAGUUUCAGAUUUGGCAAACAAAAGAACAAAGAACAGAAGCAAAAAGAGUUAAGUUUAAUUCAAGAAAUUAACACCUGCUGUAGUACACAGGUAAUGACUCAAGAUGAUCUUGAUAAAUUACUCUCUCUUCAAGCUAAAUUAGAUAAUUUGUAUGUAAUGAAAGCACAAGGAGCUUUUGUACGGUCUCGUGCAAAAUGGUUGGAGGAAGGAGAGAAAAAUACAGCAUAUUUUUGUCAGUUAGAAAAGAGGAGACAGAAAAGCAAUGCUGUGAAUAGUUUGAUUGUUAAUGAGAAGGUAAUCACAGACCCCAAAUUAAUAUCCGAGGAAGUUUACUCAUUUUAUAGUGAUAUUUAUUCUUCAUAUUCUGUCAAAAAUGGUCAAGAUUUUCUAGAAAAGAUAAAAGAUUUUAUUCCACAGAUUGAUGUUGAAUUUAAAGAAAGUUGUGAUGUAGACCUGAGAUUGGACGAAAUCAUUUCCGCUAUAAAAAAAAAUGCCUUUAGGUAAGUCUCCUGGUCAGGAUGGCCUGACUACAAAUUUUUUACAAAUUUUUCUGGGAAGAUUUAAAAGAUUUGUUGUUUAAAGCUUUAAAGGAAUGUUUUGAUGCUAACUCUUUACUUCCAACUAUGAAGCAGGGGUUGAUCAUUCUCAUCCCAAAGUCAGGCAAAGACAAAAGAGUUAUUGAUAAUCUGAGACCGAUUACCCUACUCAAUGUUGAUUAUAAAAUUCUUACAGCUGCUAUUGCAAACAGGCUAAAAUUUAGGUUGAGUCAAGUUAUAAGUGAAACACAAUCUGGUUUUAUUAAAGGAAGGUUAAUACACAACAAUAUUAGACUUGUUAUGGAUUUAAUUGAUUAUGCACAUUUGAUUAAGGAUGAUGGGUUUAUUUUGUUUCUUGAUUUCUAUAAGGCAUUCGAUACUGUAGAACAUACGUUUAUUCUACAUGCACUUACAUCUUUUGGAUUUGGUUCUAAAUUUGUUAAAUUGAUAGAGAUGUUGUAUAAUGAUAUUAAUAGUUCAGUAUCACUUCCAGGUGGGACUUCUAAGCGUUUUAACAUAAACAGAGGUAUUAGACAAGGAGAUCCGACAAGUCCGUAUUUGUUUAUUUUAAUAGCUGAACUUUUGGCAAUUUAUGUGAAAAAUAGUAAAGAGGUUAAGCCGUUGAAUGUUUUGGGGAGUCAGCUAUUAAUAAGUCAACUAGCAGACGAUACUACUCUGUUUCUUAGGGAUGCAGAGCAGAUCCCAGCUGCCAUUCAUUUGGUGUCACAUUUUUCCAAAGCUUCUGGUUUGACAUUAAAUUUAAAAAGUGUGAGUUGAUGGCAGUGCAUAAUCGGACUGAAUCUCAAUUAUUUAAUAUUCCAUUAAAAAAUGAGGUAAAAUAUAUAGGUAUUGUUAUUACUAAAGACCCUAAAACUAGAGAAAAAAUUUAUUUGGCUGACAAUAUAACAAAAAGUCAAAAUAUGUUAAAUGUGUGGUUACAAAGGGAUAUUUCCAUUUUUGGCAGAAUUUUAUUACAGAAAACUGAGAUACUUUCUAGGCUGAUUUAUCCUGCAUAUUCUCUAGCUAUCUCUGACAGGUGGAUAAAGGAUAUUAAUCAAAUUCAGUAUAAAUUUCUUUGGAAAAACAAACACCAUUUCAUAAGAAAAUCAGAUGUAGUGAAGCCAGUCAGUGAGGGAGGUUUGAAUAUUAUUGAUUUCGAUGUUAUGAAUGGCACUCUUAAAUUGAGAUGGCUUCAAGCUUUCCUUAGGAAUAAACAUUCUGUUUGGUCUAGUUUUUCUUCAAAAAUCUUUGAUUUUUUUGGGGGCAUUGAUUUUCUUUUGAGGUGUGAUUUUGAGCCAUCAAAACUAAAGUGUAAAUUGUCAUCUUUUCAUAGUCAGGUAUUAUUGUAUUGGAAACUGAUAUACAAACACAAUUUUUCCCCACAUUAUUGUUCUUUGUGGAAUAAUAAGUGUAUCCUUAUUAAUAGGAAAUCUGUGUUCUUUCAAGACUGGAUGGAUAAAGGUGUCUGGUCCAUUGUACACAUUAUGGAUGAGGAAGGAAAUUUCCUUAGUUAUGACAAUUUUUGUGAAAGAUAUAAUUUUAUUUGCACUCAGAAAUUAUAUGUGACUUUGUUAAAAGCUGUUCCUGGUGGUUUGGUUCAGAUAGUUAAAGGUGCAUUGUGUUAUUCACCUGCGAUUCCGAGAUUGAAAAGUUUAACAAUUUCUGGUCUUAAUUUUAAAGAGGAGGGAUGUAAGAUUAAAGUUUUAAGAACAUUGGUAAAUAUAGAGACUUUCCCUUGUAAAGUUAAAAAGAGACCUCUUAUAUUUGAUUUCCCGAAAGACAAAGUGGGUCAAAUUAGAACAAGAUUUCUCACUUUUCCACUUUUUCCAAAGGUAAAAGAGGUUCAGUUUAAAAUUAUUAAUGAUAUUUAUCCUUGUAAUGAUUUCCUCAGACACAGAUUUAAUAUGGAUUGUAAUGAGUGCACCUUUUGUGAAGCAGAUAUAGAGUCGUUGGAACAUUUAUUUUAUUUAUGCAAAUUCUCAAAGAAAUUUUGGGAUGACCUUUAUGGUUGGUUAAGAUUGAAAUAUGAAAUACCUGACUUUAACUUUAAAACUAUAAAAUAUUUGUUUUUUUCUUUGAAUUACGAUCAUGAGUUUUUGGUGAACAAUAUUGUGCUGUUUGCCAAUUACUUCAUACACAAAUGCAGAUUCUUUAAGAACCCUCCCAUUUUCUUACUUUUCCAUAAAGAUUUAAUGAUCUUCUUUAAAUCUUUAAGACUUGUGCAUAACAAAAAAGCCCUUAAAUUGUAUAAUCUUUUGAAGGUAUUUUUUGAUGAU